AUGAGCGUACAUUCCCCCGCGUCCGGCACGCGGACCCGCAACCCCGGCGCGCUGGACGGGCCGAACAAGGCGCGCCCAUCGGUCUCGCGGGCCAGCCUCCGCCGCGUGCUGGCCACCAUCAUCUGGCCGCGGCGCUGGCUGCUGCUGCUCGGACUGCUCCUGAUCGGCAUCAACAAGCUGGCCGGCCUGGUGAUUCCCUGGUCGUCCAAGGUGCUGAUCGACGACGUCAUCGGCAGGCAGAACACGUCGCUGCUGCCGCUGCUGCUGGUCGCGGUGGGCGGCGCCGUGCUGAUGCAGUCGGCCAGCUCGUUCCUGCAGACGCGCUUGCUGAGCGUGCAGGCCCAGCACCUGAUCGCGACCCUGCGCGGCCGCGUGCAGCGCCACCUGCUACGCCUGCCGGUGGCCUUCUUCGACGACAACCAGACCGGGGCGCUGGUGUCGCGCGUGAUGCGCGACGUGGAGGGAGUGCGCAACCUGAUCGGUACCGGGCUGGGGCAUCUGGUGGGCGGCGCGCUGACCGCCGUGGUCGUGAUGAUCCUGAUGCUGCGCAUCAGCGUACCGAUGACGCUGUUCACGCUGGUGCCGAUCGCCUUGUUCGGCGCGCUGGCGGGCCGGGCGUUCAAGGCGAUCCGUCCGAUCUUUCGCGAGCGCGGCGCCAUCAACGCGGAGGGCUUCCACGCCGAAACGCACGAGGACGGGGUCUUCGCCCGCGGCGUGCAGCGGAUCUUCGACAACGUGCGCAAGUCGCUGACCGCCACCAGCCUGCUCACCAGCGGCGGCGUGCUGAUCAUGGGGCUCUCCGCGGUGCUGAUCAUGGGCGUGGGGGCGUCGCUGAUCCUGCGCGACGCCAUGACCGUCGGUGACUUCGUGGCGUUCAGCCUGUAUCUGGGUGUCAUGAUCGCGCCGAUCAUGCAGAUGACCCGCAUCGGCACCGAGGUCACCGAGGCGUUCGCGGGCCUGGACCGCACGGAGGAGCUGCUGGCCAAUCCGCCGGAGGGACACGACCGGACCGCACGCUACCGGGAGGACCAGGCGGUGCUGCACGACGUGAGCCUGCGGGCGGCCGCCGGCACCAUGACCGCGCUGGUGGGCACCUCCGGGUCCGGCAAGACCACGAUCGCGGGACUGGCCGCCUCCUUCCUGGUGCCCGACUCCGGCGUGGUCACCGUCGACGGCCACGAUCUGACCACGGUCACCCUGGACAGCUACCGGAGCCAGCUCGGGGUGGUGCUCCAGGACGAGUUCCUGUUCGAGGGGACGAUCCGCGACAACGUCCUGUUCGCGCGUCCGGACGCGGGCGAGGAGGCGCUGCGGCGGGCGGUGCGCGCCGCGCACGUCGACGAGUUCACCGACCGGUUCGACGAGGGGUUGGAGACGCUCAUCGGCGAGCGCGGCGUCAAGCUGUCGGGCGGCCAGCGGCAGCGGGUGGCGCUGGCGCGCGCCAUGCUGGCCGACCCGCGCGUGCUGAUCCUGGACGAGGCGACCUCCAACCUGGAUACCGAGAGCGAGGCGCUCAUCCAGCAGAGCCUGGCCGAGCUGAUGGUCGGGCGCACCACGCUGGUGAUCGCGCACCGCCUGAGCACGAUCCGGCGCGCCGAUCAGAUCCUGGUGGUGGAGGAGGGUCGCAUCGUCGAGCGCGGCACCCACGACCAGCUCAUCGCCGCGGACGGCCGCUACCGCACGCUGUACGAGUAUCAGGCGCGCAUCUGA